AUGGCAAAACCUUUAAGCAAACUCGUGUCCUGUGUCAUCCUUGAUUUGGAUGGGACACUUCUUAACACAGAUGGCAUUGUGAGUGAUGUUUUAAAAUCUUACUUGGUUAAGUAUGGGAAACAAUGGGAUGGAAGAAGAGCUCAUAGAAUUGUAGGAAAGACACCUUAUGAAGCUUCAGCAGCUGUUGUUGAGGAUUAUGAGCUGCCUAUUUCGACAGAUGAAUUUAUAUCAGAAAUUACUCCAAGAUUCUCCGAGCAGUGGUGCAAUAUCAAAGCUCAACCUGGUGCCAACAGGUUAAUUAAUCAUUUGACGAGUCAUGGAGUGCCAAUGGCCUUGGCUUCCAAUUCUCCAAGGACAAACAUUGAAACCAAGAUAUCUUAUUUUCAGGGUUGGAAAGAAUCAUUUUCUUUAAUUAUAGGUGGCGAUGAAGUCACAAGUGGAAAGCCAUCACCUGAAAUAUAUGUUGAAGCUGCCAAAAGGCUUAACGUGAAUCCUUCCAGCUGUCUUGUCAUUGAAGAUUCUCUGCCAGGGGUCACUGCUGGUAAGGCUGCUGGAAUGGAAGUGGUUGCUGUCCCGUCCCUUCCUAAACAAUCCCAUCUUUUCACCUCGGCUGAUGAGAUCAUCAAUUCACUUCUAGAUCUACGACCCGAAAAGUGGGGCUUACCUGCAUUUGAAGACUGGAUAGAAGGUACUUUGCCGAUAGAACCUUGGUACAUUGGUGGUCCUGUCAUAAAGGGCUUUGGACGUGGCUCAAAGGUGCUUGGGAUCCCUACAGCAAAUUUAUCAGCGGAGAGCUAUUCAGCUAUCCUUUCAGAACAUCCUUCAGGAGUUUAUUUUGGCUGGGCCAGAUUACCAACUCGAGGUGUUUACAAGAUGGUCAUGAGCAUUGGUUGGAACCCUUAUUUCAACAACUCCGAGAAAACCAUAGAGCCAUGGUUGCUUCAUGAUUUUAACGAGGAUUUUUACGGUGAGGAAUUACGGCUUGCUAUUGUUGGCUAUAUACGACCGGAGGCCAACUUCCCUUCCCUCGACAGCCUGGUAGCAAAGAUCCACGAGGAUGGGAAAAUCGCGGAGAAUGCUCUUGAACUUCCUCUUUAUUCAAAGUACAAGGAAGACCCAUAUCUGAAAAUCUCGUUGCCCGAAAACAGUUAA